UCCCCGGCCGCAUGUUGCCCUGAUGUCCACUCAGUCAGUGAGCGAGUGCCCACUGAACUGGAUACGCGUCUUCCCGAGGCUCGCGCGCUCGUCGCCUCCGCCGUCGUCGUCGUGCAGGACGUGCCCCUCCAAGCGACGUCGCCACGCCCCACCACGCCCCCGGACAGCGGCAGUGUCUUCCGUCCUGUCGGUGUCCGCGACCAUGUGAGGACCCUGGCGACGCAGCAGGAGCGCAUCUAACGUCGAGCGGGGUGCAGUCGAGAGGACACACGGUAGCAAGCGAGCAGGGGAUGGUCGCCAUGGCCAGCGACUCGUACCUCCUGAAAGUGCCCCCGCCCCCGUGCCAGGCGCGGUGCCGGGGCGGCGACCAGCAGUCGACCUCGUCCUGCGAGGUGGCCAUGGUGGUGACCCUCGUGGUACUGGUGGCCGGCAUCCUGUCUCUGGCCGGUACCGUGUUCUACUUGCACAUGGAGCUGGGCAGAGUGCAGGCGUACACGAUCCAGCUCGAAGCCAGACUCAAAGUUAUCGACACCAAGCUCAGCCACCUCAACUACAUCGAGCAGCUGAGGGCGUUCGAGAACCCGGCUGGGGCCCUCGACCACGGUGACCUGUCCGACUUGGACGAGGAGGAUGAGGACGAGGAAGACGACGACUUCCUGCCAUACUACCAAGACGAGGAGAACGAUGGCAUCAUCGAGAGGCGCGUCCGAGACGAGCAGGACGAGGACACGACCGUGCAGCCCCUGCAACCGGCCGGCAGCCUUCUGGGGCGCAGUCUCGGGGUUGAUGCCACUUCCAGCCCGCUGACGCCCGGCUCUAACCCAUUCGACGAGAAUAUUGGUCCGGAGGACGCCCCCUUGGACAACCAUGAGGCCGGAAGACAGGCCCAGCCCAUCCAAUCCCCCGUGCAGUUCCCCUCGGAGGCGGCUACCCUCCGCCAGCGCCGCGACGCGCAGCAGCCCCAGCUGAAGCUGUACCACACGCUGCAGGUGCCCGCCGCGCCGCCCGCCGAAUCCUGGAGCCCCUACGGCUCACACCGCCCCCAGCCCAUGUACGCGGAGCGCGCGCCCACGGGCUUCGUGACGCCGCCGCGGCCCUCCGCCGCCCUCCUCGGCACCACCCCGGCGGCACCCAUCGCCAGCAGAAGGUCCAGGGUGAUGGACGCCGAGAGGGCUCCGCGCAGGCAGCACCAUCAGCAGCGGGCCGGGCGCAGGCAGCGGCUGCAGGAGGUCCCGCAGGACGUGUCGCAGGACGUGCAGCGCAGCGUGGAGGUGGGGCGCCGCCGCCAGCAGCCCGCGCAGCCCGCCUGGGCGCCCGCCGGGGCCGCCUACGAGCAGCGAGACCCCUGGCGUGCCUCGCGGCGAGGAGUGCGGAGCAUCGACGCCACGGUGGAGGUGGAGCAGACCUGGCGGCCGUACGCCCCCGUGGUGGAGGGCCCCGCCAUCGCGGCGCACUUUGUAGGGGACUCGGGCCGCCAGCGCGCCAGCCACCACUACGACGAGAGCGGCCGGCUCAAGCACCCGACGGGCGAGUACGCGGACUGGCGGGCCAGCGACUGGGUGCGGGAGCUGGGCCUGGACCACCACUUCAGGCUCGCCGAGGCGGGUGGCCACGUGACGGUGGACACGCCGGGGCUGUACUUCGUGUACGCGCAGGUCAACUACGCCAACGACAAGAACGAGAACGGCUACUGGGUGUACCGCAACGGCCACAAGGAGCUGCUGUGCGCCGUGACCUCGGCCGUGGUGGGCUCGUCCGCGCACGCCAACACGUGCUUCACGGCCGGGGUGCUGCACCUGGCGCGCGGCGACCGCGUCUCGCUCCGGGACCUGGCGGGCGACCGCUACCGAGUGCUGGACCACCCGGGCCGAUCCUUCAUCGGGCUGGUGAACCUCAGCGGCUGCAAGCUCAAGCAGGAGCCCGGCAGCGGCAGGGUGACCGCGUGAGCUGCUUAGACACACCACACACCCGAAGGGCUGAAAUCAUUGGUUCAAGAGGAUUCGUAAGGAACAAUAAAACUUGGACAAGACUGAUUACUUAACUAAACUUACGUCUGCAAUCGGGAGAGGGAGUCUCUCCUCUUUGCUGUCACGACAACCGACGGAGAAUAGAAUAUUUCAAGAAAUCAUGUGGAAUGAGGAGACUUUCUCCAUGAACACUCUGUGCCAGUCCAAGGCCAGCAUUUCGAAGGGUACGGUGACGGCUUUGUUCUCUUUCUAGAAACGACAAGAAAAAUAAACAAAUUAAAACAUA